AUGACAAAUGACGACAAGGCAUCAAGACUUGUUCGUCAUCGUGAGAGCGGGGUGAGGAAGCUUGUCUGUGGAGAAAGGAAGUGGGCCAUCCAAGUAGACCCACGAGCAUGACACGCCACAGACAGCUCGAGUACUCCCAAAUUAGGGUCUCCCGGACUUCCCCCUAUCUAUUAGCUUUCCUACUCGGUCUUUCUCUUUUGCUUCAACCUUCACAAGCAGCUGUGGCAUGUCCCUUUGCGCCCUGCGAUGAAUGUUCCUGUGAAGGUACUCAAGGACCUCAAGGUGAACCUGGACCCACUGGCCAUAUGGGUCUGCCUGGAUCAAUUGGCCCCCGCGGCUCAAGGGGUCCACCUGGUCCGAUGGGUGAGCAGGGUCUUCCCGGCUAUCCUGGUGAACCCGGUCGCAAGGGUAUCAUGGGAGACAAAGGUCAACCAGGUAUGCCCGGAACUGAUGGUCUGAAGGGCAUGCCAGGUAUAAAAGGACCGAAAGGUUUCCCUGGUGAUCCCGGAUGCUGUGGUAGUAAGGGUCCAGCUGGAUUUCCUGGUACUCCUGGAAUCGAUGGUUAUGAUGGUCUUCAAGGACCUAAAGGACCCAAGGGUAUAAAGGGUGAAAAGGGUGAUACUAUUGUCGGAGAUGGUGUGGAGGUUCAAGGCCCUUCUGGCCCAAAAGGUUCACGUGGUCCUCAAGGACCUCCAGGACAGCGUGGUCCCGACGGUGAACGAGGUCGUCCUGGUGUCCAAGGCCCUAAAGGUUUUAGAGGUCCAGCUGGUGACCAUGGCGACGUAGGUCCUAAAGGUCCAAAGGGCAAAACUCCGCUUCCUUCAAUCCAAUACGCACAAAGAGGUGAAAAGGGUGAGAAAGGUUACAAGGGCGCCUCUUAUGAGAAACCGUCAGAACUUAAAGGCAUCCAAGUCGGCCCUAAGGGUUACAAAGGUGUCCCUGGUGAGAGAGGACCUCCAGGAGAUAAAGGUCAUAAAGGUGAACGUGGCCUUCCUGGUUUUGCUGGUCUUAGUGGUCCUCCAGGACCUCAAGGUGACCCUGGCCCUCCCGGUAAGAAGGGUAAAACUGGACCGCCUGGCGUUUCUGGAACCCCUGGUCGUCCCGGUAUUGAUGGAAUGGAGGGUCCUCCAGGUCCUGAAGGUCCACGCGGUGUCAAGGGUGAGAAAGGUUACCCCGGUAGAACUGGACCCAAGGGAGAACGAGGACCAAAAGGUGACACAAUCACAUCCGAAGGUACAUUGCCCGGACCAGAUGGUGAACGUGGUGAUCCAGGUCUCCCUGGUCCACCUGGUGAUGAAGGUCCAAUGGGAGAAAAGGGUAUGGAAGGUGAACGUGGUGACCCUGGUGAACCCGGUCCAAAAGGUGAGCCAGGUCCCUCUUACGGCACCCUUAUUCCUGGAGAACCUGGACCUAAAGGUGAACGUGGUCUCCCUGGUGUUGAUGGAAAACGUGGUAAGACUGGUCCUCCUGGUUUCCCCGGUCUUAAAGGUCCAAAGGGUAUGCCUGGACAAAAUCUAGUUGGUCCAAAGGGUGAAAAAGGUCUUCCUGGUGUCCCUGGCAACGAAGGUCCAUCGGGUGAACGUGGUCCUGAAGGUCUAGAAGGUCCUCCUGGUGACCCUGGAGAAAUCGGACCCAGUAUCGACGGCGUUAAAGGUCCACCUGGUGUCAAAGGUAUGCCAGGUAUUCCAGGUAUUCGUGGACGUCCUGGACCUAGGGGACCUAUUGGUCCACAAGGUGACUGUGCUUACUGCCCUGAUGGUCUACCCGGUCCAUCAGGACCAAAAGGCUUACCUGGUCGUCCCGGUCGUCCUGGACCCGAUGGUUUGGAUGGGGCUCCUGGAGCAAAGGGUCUUCCUGGUUUUCAAGGCCCUGAUGGUCCCAUGGGUCCACCCGGCAGAAAGGGUGCAAAGGGAGAGCCUGGUCCAUUGGGUGAACGAGGUCUUCCAGGUGAACCUGGUCGAAUCGAAUUUAUCAAUCAGACGGUUGCCGAUGCUCCACGUGGUGCGGAUGGACCUCUCGGUAGACCUGGUCCUCGCGGUCCUACAGGACCCAAAGGUUUUCCUGGCCAACGCGGUCCACGUGGACAAGCUGGUCAAAAGGGCGAACGCGGUCCCAAAGGUCUGCCUGGCUUCAGCGGACCCCAGGGCAUCCAAGGUCCCCCUGGUGAUCCUGGUCCUGAUGGCCGCGUUAUUCUUCCUCAGAAAGGCGAACCUGGUCCACCAGGUCGUGAUGGUCUUCCUGGUCCCAAAGGCCAGAAGGGUGAACGUGGUGUCGAUCAAGUCAUUGAACAAAUCUUCAGUUAUGUCAAGGGUGAACCCGGUCCUAAGGGUGAAAAAGGUGAAGCCGGUGUGCCUGGUUUCCCUGGUGCAAAGGGCGCCCCUGGUGAAAAGGGUCUUAGAGGAACAGAUGGAAAGGACGGAAAGAAAGGCUAUCCGGGCGGUCCGGGUCCAGUAGGCCCCACUGGUGAGAAGGGUCGCCGUGGACCGAAAGGUCAGCCAGGCUUACCUGGAUCUCGUGGUCAGGAUGGUCGUCCAGGUCCUCAGGGUCCAAUGGGUCCGAAAGGCCAAAGAGGUCCCGAGGGAGAACGUGGUGACACUGGCCCUCCCGGUCCAGAUGGUGGCUCGGAUCCUGGUCUUUUGGGUCCACGUGGUGACCCAGGAGAAAAAGGUCAAAAAGGUGAACCUGGAGCACCUGGUCUUCAAGGACCACCUGGCUUGAAGGGACCGAAGGGUUUGGCUGGUGUGGCUGGCCGCCCGGGGCCAACUGGUCCUAAGGGCUUGAAAGGAGAGAUUGGAGAACCUGGAGAAGUUCUUGUCGGUCCAAAGGGCCCCAAGGGACCCCGUGGUCUUCCAGGUCUGCCCGGUUUGAGAGGUCCAAAGGGAGACAGAGGACGAGAUGACUUUGUCAGCGUUGGCAUGAAGGGUGAGAAGGGUGUCAAGGGUCAACGUGGUGAAGUAGGUCCUCGAGGAUUAACUGGACCCCCAGGCCAAAAAGGUAAACCUGGUCCGAUGGGACCUCGUGGUCCUGAUGGUCCUCCAGGAGAAAUGGGUGAUCCUGGUGAACAGGGUUCAGAAGGACCUCCUGGUCGUCAAGGUCCCAAAGGUGUCAUGGGACUUCCCGGAGAACCCGGUCCUGAAGGUAACCAGGGUCCAGCUGGACCUGCUGGUCCACCUGGUCCAAAGGGUGACCCAGGACAUAAGGGUUAUCCUGGAGAGAAAGGUGACCCUGGACCCCCGGGCUCUGGAGCUCCUGGUACGAAGGGAGAAAAGGGUCAACCAGGUCGAAUGGGCAUGCCUGGUGAUCCAGGUCAUGAUGGUAUCACUGGACCUAAGGGUUUGCCGGGUCCCCCUGGUCAAUCAAUUCAAGGCCCCCCUGGACCCAGAGGUCCAAAGGGUGAGCAAGGUCCUCAAGGGCCCCCUGGAAUAGACAAGCCUCCAGCCAGGAAAGGAAUUCAAGGCCCACCAGGGCCUAAGGGCGAGCGUGGACCGAAGGGUAAACAAGGUCCACCUGGUUCUGGCGGUCGUCCUGGACCACGAGGUCCUAUUGGACCUGUUGGUGAUGAAGGACCUCCUGGUCGAUCUGGCCUUCCUGGUCCUGCUGGUCGAAAGGGACCGAAGGGUCGAUCGGGAGUUCAAAUUGGGGAACCUGAACAGGGUCAAAAGGGUGAACGUGGACCCGUUGGUCCUCCCGGAGAAAGAGGUCCCCCAGGUCCUCAAGGUCUAAAGGGUGAACCUGGUCCAGUUGGUCUUCCAGGUAUUUCUGGUGUUCAAGGACCAAAGGGUCGACCAGGCCAACCUGGUAGAAAGGGUGCCCGUGGACCUGAGGGUCCAAGAGGAAUUAAUGGACUUCCUGGUCAACGCGGACCAAAUGGACCUCGUGGACCAAGAGGACCUGAUGGACCUCAGGGUCCCAAGGGUGAACGUGGACAAGAAGGAGAACCAGGUGACUCAAUGGAAGGUCUUCCUGGACCUAAAGGAGAACCUGGAGAGCCUGGUCCAAUGGGUCCUCCGGGUAUCAAGGGUAUGACGGGUCUUCCGGGAGCUCGUGGACGUCCAGGUGAACCAGGUGAUCCUGGACCUGACCUUAUGGGAGCCAAAGGUGUUAAAGGUGAACGUGGUCCCAGUGGCAGACCAGGUUCACAAGGACCUCGUGGACCUAAAGGUCCUAAAGGUACGUCCUUCCCACAACCUGGAGAACCCGGUCCUGAUGGACCUCCCGGUUUGAAAGGUCCCAAGGGACAACCAGGUUUACCUGGAUCUGAUGGUCGACAAGGUCCCAAGGGUGAACGUGGAUAUCCUGGAAAGCCCGGAAAUCGUGGACCCCCAGGAAUCGACGGAAGACCCGGCCCAGAUGGUCGUGAUGGACCUCCGGGUCCUCAGGGCUACAAAGGUGAGAAAGGCUUCCCUGGAAUCAAGGGUGAUCGAGGCCAAAUGGGUUAUCCAGGUCCAAAGGGUGAACCUGGAGACAGACUAUCAGGGGAAAAGGGUCAAAAGGGUCAACCUGGUCCCGAUGGCCCAACAGGUCCGAAAGGUCCUCGUGGUCCUCAAGGCCUUCCCGGUAAAAUUGGAGUCACUGGUGAACCGGGAGAGAAGGGUGAACCAGCUCCAAUGGGUCCGAAAGGCCCUGAAGGUCUUCCUGGUUUGCAAGGACCUCGUGGACCUACAGGACCUAAAGGUGACCAGGGUCCCCAAGGUGAGCCUGGUCUUCCUGGUCGCAUUGGUGAUACUCGUGGAAAUACUGGAUUUCUCUUUGCUAAACACAGUCAAACUAUGCGUAUUCCAGAAUGUCCAACAUCUACUCGUAAACUCUGGGAAGGUUACUCUUUCCUGAGUAUGUCGGGAUCAGAGCGACCUCACACGAAUGAUCUGGCUAGUCCGGGCUCUUGCCUUCAGAUGUUCAACCCAAUUCCUUUCAUGUUCUGUGAAAAACAGGAGAAUUGCUACUUUGCUCAACGGAAUGAUAGGUCGUAUUGGUUGAGCACUGAAGAUGAACCAAUGAUGUGGAAUCCUGUCUCUGUCAACGAAUCUCAGCGACACAUCAGCCGAUGUGUUGUUUGUGAGGCGCCCAGUACUCUCUAUGCCUUCCACUCACAAACUCUGGAGAUUCCAAAGUGCCCGAUGGGAUGGCAAGAUAUGUGGGUCGGAAGCAGCUUCCUCAUGAACACGGGAUACGGUGCACAGGGCGGUGGACAACAAUUAGCCUCAUCAGGUAGCUGUCUCCCAAUCUUCCGUUCCCACAUGUUCAUUGAAUGCACUGCAAAGGGCCUCUGUGGCUUCUUUGAGGAGCAUAAGAACUUCUGGCUUCGUGUGAUGCCCAGCUCUAUGGAUGACCACAUGUUCGGAAUGGUGAUGGGUCAGGUCAUCAAGGUGCGCCAGAGUCAAGAUUCUGUCGGAAAGUGCAUCGUCUGUAUGCGCUCGCAACCCUUCGUCAAUUACCUUGUCUGA